GUUCCAUGUGGCAGUGGUGGGUGCAGGGAUCGUGGGCCUGGCCACAGCCCGGGAGCUGAUCCAGCGUCACCCCGCGCUGUCCUUCGCGGUGCUGGAGAAGGAGAGGGAGCUGGCUCAUCACCAGAGUGGACACAACAGUGGUGUGAUCCACAGUGGGAUUUACUACACUCCUGGCUCUCUGAAGGCCAAGCUGUGUGUGCAGGGUGCUGCUCUCUGCUACCAGUACUGUGACCAGAAGGGGAUUCCAUACAAACAGUGUGGGAAGCUGAUUGUAGCCGUGGAGCAUGAUGAAAUUCCAAGACUCAAAGCUCUGUAUGAGAGAGGGCUGCAGAACAAUGUCCCAGGGCUGAAGCUCAUUGGAGCAAAGGAAAUCCAAGCCAAGGAGCCCUUCUGCAGGGGGCUGAUGGCCCUUGAUUCUCCAUAUACUGGCAUUGUGGACUACAAACAAGUGGCCCAGUCCUAUGCUGAAGACUUCCAGGAGGCAGGUGGGACAAUCUUCACAGAUUUUGAAGUCACAAACAUGGAAAUGGCUAAAGAAAGUCCUCCAGAAAGUGAAGAUGGGCUGAAGUAUCCAGUUAUUGUCAGGAACAAAAAGGGUGAGGAAAUCUCCUGCCAGCACGUCCUGACCUGUGCAGGGCUGUACUCAGACCGUCUGUCUGAGAUCAGUGGCUGCAGCCCUGAGCCUCGUGUGGUCCCGUUCCGAGGGGAUUACUUGGUGCUAAAGCCAGAGAAGUGCUACUUGGUGAAAGGAAAUAUUUAUCCAGUUCCCAACCCUCGGUUCCCUUUCCUGGGAUUCCAUUUCACACCCAGGAUGGAUGGCAGUGUUUGGCUUGGGCCUAAUGCAGUGUUAGCCUUUAAGAGAGAAGGCUACAAACUGUUUGACUUCAGCACUGGAGACUUUUUAGAUGCUGUGACAUACAGAGGGUUAUGGAAGCUUGUGCUGAGGAACCUGUCCUAUGGCAUGGGAGAGAUGUACAGAGCCUGUUUCCUUAGUGCACAGGUGAAGCAGCUUCAGAAGUUCAUCCCUGAGGUCACUGUCAAUGAUGUGCUCAGGGGUCCCUCUGGCGUGAGAGCUCAAGCCUUGGACAGCAAUGGCAACUUGGUCGAUGACUUUGUGUUCGAUGGAGGCACUGGAGACAUUGGGAGCAGAGUUCUCCAUGUCAGAAAUGCUCCUUCUCCUGCUGCUACCUCCUCCCUUGCCAUAGCCAAGAUGAUUGCAGAUGAGGUGAAGCAACGAUUUCAGCUGUGA